CCGCGCGUGUUUUUUUUUUCUUAUUUUUUUUAAAGUUACAUCGGUAACGGCAAAGAUUGUUUAUUUUUCGGCGUGUUGUGAGAUCAGUGAAAAAACCUGUUUUAAUUAUACUGUGGGAUUACCUGAUCUUCUUCAAAAAACUUCUUCAAAAAAUGUAGAUCGUCUUUGGCACAUAGAAUAGUGUCUACAUGACUUACGCCAGGAUAGACAGACGACUGAAGAGGUACCUGGUGGUGACGCUUGGUGACGUCACUGUCCAGUUUGUGACGUCACGGUCCGUUUGGUGACGUCACUUGCCAGUUUGGUGACGUCACGAUGUCGAUCGUCAACGACCUCAGCGACACGGAGGCUCCGAAGCUGCGGAUGAAGCCAGCUGUCCACAGAAUAUUCUGCUGCAGCGUGACGGCCGCCUCGGGGUUCAUCGCCGCUUAUGCAUUGGUGGCGUACGCAAUAGCUUUGAUAUACGAGAUAGUGUGGGUGGUGGAGUCGCAGAGCGGCCUGCCGGUCGCGUCCGUGCUGCUCAUGGUGUGCUACUCCAUCGUCAUCGCGGCCACCGUCACACUCGUGCAUGGUCUUAUCUCGAAGAACAACACGUUGCUGUUGUCGUGGCUCAUCGCUGUCAUCCUGGUGCUGAUCCCGGAGUGCGCUCUAGUCUUUUACAUGUCCAUUAGUCAUUGGGGUCUCCAAGGUGUAUACGGGGGAGCGGAGCUGGCGUGCUACGUGGCGCGGCUGCCGGCGAUAGUCUGCGGCGUGGUGCUGGUGCAGUCCGCGUACGCGCUGAGAGAAGCUAGACAAGCAGAGUACGGGACUGCGGCGGUGAGCGGCAGCGAGUUUGACGCCAGUCACUACGUGCCCGACGCGCCCAGCGCCUUUGCCAACGACGGCUUCUUGGCUGACAACGGUAAAUCUGGCUCGAUGCCUGACCUUCGUCGUCACCUAGCGUCGCGGCAGUCCAUGGUGUAUCCACAGUUGAUGCCACCGCCUGCCUACUGGCAACCCGCUGGCAGCCUGCGGGGGUUCCCCAAGGCUUACCCUAUGGCCCAGCCCUACGGCACAUGGGUCGGACCCCGCUCUGGUCCCUACGAAAACCCUUACAAACGCCGCCACUCCAUCGUCGGGGCGUUCGCCGACGAAUAUCCCCCUAAAGUCUACGAAUACGAGGACAGAGCGGACUGCAAGAGCGAGAUAGCGUAUCCGUACUAUAGACAAUGGGCUUACGACCCCAGAAUGUUCCCUCCCGACUACGAUCCGAGGUUCUUCCAGGAGUAUAAGAGAGAGGACAUGUACGGUGCCAACAUGCUAAGGCACGACCCAUACAGGUUUAGCGAUAGGGGAUUCUACGGGUCUCGGAACAGCCAUAAUUCAGUCGGUAAUGAGUCUGAUGACUUGACGAAAUACAAGGAUGUCGCUUUGUAA